UGGAUUCUUGUGUACAUUUCCUGAAAAUACGAGACACUGUUGCGCCGAAAUCAAUAGGGCUUUCCCAAAAGAAAGCGAAAAUUCCCCUCCCUCACAAAAACCGGCGUGUCUCCACACCGCUCUCGUUCUUCACUCGCUAUACCACCACACUCUCUGUCGCCACGAAGGGGACACCCCCCCACUCAUUUUGGUGGUUCUUUCCUUUGUUUUCUUUUUCUGCUGUGUAAAUCAAAGGCGUCCCCCUUUACGCGUAGACCUCUGGAAAAGAGGCUUUCUUUGCUGGUACGUUCCUCGUUUGCCUCUUGCUUUCUCCCUUGUGGCCCUUUCUGUCGCCCGUUUGUGAGAUACACAUCUCGCUGUGUACACGUAGGAUUUGUGUCGUUUCGAGCGAACCAACGCGUGUUUUCUCCAAAGUCCGUUUUCGCUGUCUUCUGCUGUCCUCUUUCUCGACUUGCGAGUGACCUUCCCGCCACUCUUUUUCUCCGGAAUCUGUUCUCACCAGCAAGGGUCGUCUCGUGUUGUUUUUUUCCGUGGGAUGGUGGGCUAUAUAGCUCCACUGCUUCUUCUUCGCUGAAACACGAUAAAGGAAGUUCUCGUCGCUUUUUCGGUCCCAGGCCCCUCAGUUUCUUCUGUGAAAGACUCGGUGUGUUAACGGCCCGGUCAUUAGUACACACACCAGAUCUGGCGUGUUCGAAACGCGAGUAUUUCCGUUGGGGCUUACCUGACUCCAGAGUUUCCACUGAACUCCCGUCUCUUCCCAAAAAUCCGUGUUUCACAUUUCUUCCAAUUCAUUUCCUCUGCAUCCUCCCUUUCUCCUCAAUCCGCUCUGACUCUUCUCCACAAUCUGUCUUCCGCACCCGCCUUCCGUCCACACAUCGAGACGCACAAAGAUCCUUCUCUCCUCCGCUCACUGCAAGCCUACCCCAUAGACACGCCACAACGCAGUGUGUGUGUGUGGCGGCUUCUUUUGUUUCGUUUUCUGUCUUUUCCUUUUCUUUUGCCAAGAUGUUUGAGUGCACGAUCGAGGGGUUGCUGCUUAAGCGCCUCAUGGAGUGCCUCAAGGAAAUGGUCACCGAUGUGAAUCUCGUCUGCAACGCGAGUGGAAUUUCCCUUGACUCGAUGGAUGGCAGCCACGUUGCUGUGGUCGACGUGCGACUCGCUGUCGACUUGUUCCACAAAUAUCGAUGUGACCGGCCUGUCCAGCUCGGCUUAUCUGUGCCGAACCUCCUUCUCGCUCUCCAGCCGGUGAAGUCUGCAGAGACUCUUGUUCACCUCUCGUCUCUGCAUGGCGACGACGAGGACGAUGAAGAAGACACAAUUCUCCACAUCAAUAUCGAAGACCCUGAAAGCGGAGACACCUGGUCGAUGGAGGUGCGUUUGCUCGACGUGGAAUCCGAGCAACUGGAAGUCCCAGAACACACAGAGCAUGAGGCGACAGCAGUCGUGAGAUCUAAGGAGCUGCAGGACCUUGUUCGUUAUCUCAACUCUCUCUCUGAAUCAAUUGUCGUCAAGAUGGACAAGACCCACAUGCAACUCUCUGCGCGCGGGGACAGUGUCGCCGCAUCUCGCAAGAUGCAGCCAGAAAGUCUCGUGUGCACAAACUCGACAGAGCACGAGUUUGCUGCUAGAUAUUUGAACAUGUUUCUGAAGGGGGCGGUGCUCGCGGACUUUGUUGAGAUCGGCUGCAGCCACGGUCUUCCCAUGCAGAUUUCGUUUCGAUUAAAAUUGCAAGCAGAACGCGAAAGAGAUGCCAAAAAGAAGGGCGCCGACAGACUCCACGAUGUCAAGAUGGACGAAGACGAAGGUCCUCAAUCGCGGAGCACGCUGUCGUUCUACUUGGCACCGAGAAUAGAGGACGACGAAGAGUAGAACCGCUUUCAGGAAACAGACGAUGAAGCUCAAAAACCGAUUACAAGAGAUAGAAGAGAAGAAGAAAGUGGAAUCAGUCGUGCGCUCGGGCCGAUAUCUCACUUUUAGGGUCAGAAGGACUGGGAAGCAAGGGCGAGAGAAGGACACACAGAGAGGGGGAGAAGUGGUGGAAGAACACGAUUUUAAAUGCAGCAGAAGACGGAAAGGGAGAACCUAAGCAGAGGGGAAAAGGCAGUUUUGAAGAAGACACAAACGCGAGGAACACAAGAAUGGUGUGGUAGGAGAGGCAGGGAGACAGGAAAUGUAAAAAAUGAGAAAAUACAGUUUCCUGCUCGUGUCUCGCGGUUCCUUUUUGGGAUGAUGGACCACGAGGAUCUGAGUAUUCUUUCUCAUCUGCAAUUCGCGUGUGUUUGCCUUUCGGCGCUCGUUUUUCCACUGUUGAGGUCUUCCGACAUGUUCGUGAUCUUCUUCCUCGGCCCUGUUCGCCUUCACAUCUCUUUGUGCCCUUGCCGUGUAACGCACUGCCUUGAAACCUCCGUCUUUCACAGGAUUUCUGUUUUUGCGCGGUCUCCGCAGUUUUCUCCGUGGUGGCCAGACCUAUGUUGCUAAAGACUUCUUGCUUUUCGUGCAGCGAAAAGUCUUCGAGGGCUGCCGACCGAGGGAGAUGUUUGUGAUUUGCGUGUUCCGUCGUUUUCACGAAACUGCAUCUGUAUCUAUUGACGCUUGCAAACUAUGUGCGCAAGAUAUUGAACGGCACCUCUCUCCGCACUUUGCUUCGGUGUUCAUAGAUUUGAAU